CUUGCUGUUUGCGGCCUCUGAUUGGUUCCUGGUGUCCUCAAUGAAACCAACACAAAGUUGUGCAGUGAGAGCUCCCCGCCGGCAGGAUGAGGACCGUGCCCGUCCUGCUCGCCGCACUGACCGCGCUCACUGCCUACUAUGUGUACACCCCGCUGCCCAGCACCCUGGCCGAGCCCUGGAAGCUCAUGCUGCUCGAUGCCACCUUCAGACUGGCGCAGGACCUGUGCAACUUUGCCCAUUAUGUGGGUCUCGGUCACCACUUGCGAGUCCUAAAUUUUGUGUCCGGCUACUUUGACAAGUUGGAUCCAGCAUCAUCUCCCCAAUUACAAGUCACAGACACUGUUUUUGAUGGCGUGGAGGUCAGAAUAUUUGAACCCAAGAAGAAGCUGCCUGGUUCAUUACAGCGGAGCGUCAUCUAUGUUCAUGGUGGAGGAUGGGCUCUUGGAAGUGCAAAAGCAAGAUCCUACGACAGCCUGUGCCGAAGAAUUGCCGAAGAUGUGAAUGCAGUUGUUGUUUCUAUUGAGUACAGGCUGGUACCAAAUGUUCAUUUUCCAGAGCAAAUAAAUGAUGUGUAUGCAGCCACCAAAUACUUUACGCAACCAGAGGUUCUCGCCAAGUAUUCCGUUGAUCCAGAAAGGAUUGCAAUUUCUGGAGACAGUGCUGGAGGAAACCUAGUAGCUGCGGUGUGUCAACAGUUUACAGAAGACAAGACGCUAACAACAAAAUUGAAACUACAAGCUCUGAUUUAUCCUGUGCUCCAGAUGUUGGAUUUCAACACACCCUCCUACCAGCAAAAUAUGAACAUGCCAAUAGUUUCUCGUUAUGUCAUGAUAAAGUUCUGGCUAGACUACUUAAAUGGGAGCCAUUCCUUUGCCCAUGCCAUAAUGGUUAAUAAUCACACGUCUUUAGAUGUAAGUGAAGCAGUUGCACUUCGACAGCUUUUGAAGUGGGAUGCAUUGUUGCCUUCGUCCUUCAAAAAGAACUACAAGCCUCUAAUCCAAAAUACAGGUAACCCCCAUAUUGUUCAGGAGGUACCUGCUUUAUUUGACACCAGGGCAUCUCCAUUGAUUGCACAGAAGGAGACCCUUCAGAAGCUUCCAAAGACCUAUAUCUUAACCUGUGAACAUGAUGUCUUGAGGGAUGACGGAACCCUGUACGCAAAGCGACUGGAGGAAGCAGGUGUUGACGUCACUCAUGACCAUUAUGAAGAUGGCUUUCACGGCUGCAUGAUCUUUGCUACCUGGCCAACGUAUUUUACAGCUGGUGCCAGGACAAGAGAUGGCUAUGUCAAAUGGCUUAAAGAGAACCUUUAAUUCAAAUUUUAAUCAGAUUUACAAAGACUACUAAGCCAGGUCAGAAAAAAAUCUAAGAUUUUAUAACGCUUUCCUUACAGUUCUGAAGUACUUUCCUCCGACAACUAAAAGGUAGAAUGCUUCUCUGUAUUUAAAGUACCUUAUACACUUC